AUGAGGGGAUGGUGCUGCCCUGUUGGUGCCGCCCUUUUGCUCCGGUGCUGCGGUUCGGUGAUGGAGCGGCUCCGGUGCUGUGGCUCUGCGGUGAGUCCCUGUCUCGGUUUCGCGAUUGUUGACCACCGUGGAGCUGCGGCGGGUUUUGGACGAGGUGAAGCUCAGCGGGAAGGGGUCGGGUGCGGCUCCGGCGGCUUUCAGUCUCUGGCCGGAGUGGCUAGGGCUGAUACUUCAGCUCGGCUCCCUCUCCCGGUUCUCUGUCACGGGGUCCUUGGUUUGCUUGCCAAUCGGUUCCGAGUUGCUAGUGGUGUUAGUCGGCUCGGCCCGGCUCGGUGGUGGAUGAGUUCACUCUCUUACGCGGGGUCUUGGAGUGUUUGCUGUUGGCAGUUAGGCAGUGGAGGGGUCGGCCUUCUCGGGCUAAGGGAUUCCUCUGAGGUCGAUUUGGUGCUUGGUGUUUCAUGUGUUUUUGGUUUGGCCUUUGGCCCUGUGAGCCCGAGUGUCACAUUUAUUAUCCUGUUGGGAUCAGACACUCGGUUUCUGAAAAUGGCGCUUAAGCUUCCAGCGGGAGAGGCUGCUAAGGUGGCCUUUAGUUCAAUUGGUCGUGGAUAUGAUAUCUCCUUAGAUCUUAGACUAAAGUAUUGUAAGGGUGAUUCUCGUUUGAUUGAGAUUGAUGAGGAUCAGGGUCUUGAGGUUGUUCUUCCAACUGGAGUUUCAGUUCCUCACGUGUCGAAAUCUAUCAAAUGCGAUAAAGGGGAGCGGACGAGGUUUCGUUCCGACAUUCUCACCUUCCAGCAGAUGUCUGAGCAAUUUAAUCAAGAGCUAUCAUUGACUGGAAAGAUUCCUUCAGGGUUCUUCAAUGCUAUGUUUGAGUUUUCUGGUUGUUGGCGGAAAGAUGCUGCAUACACUAGAACCCUUGCGUUCGAUGGAGUAUUUAUAACACUGUACACAGUUGCACUAGAAAAGUCACAGAUGGUGCUUAAGGAUCACGUGAAGAAAGAAGUUCCAUCGACAUGGGAGCCUGCGGCAUUGGCAAGGUUUAUUAGUAAGUUUGGCACUCAUGUUAUUGUUGGCAUGAAGAUGGGCGGUAAGGAUGUAAUUUACAUGAAACAGCAGCAUUCUUCAUCACUCCAACCAGCUGAUGUGCAAAAAAAGUUGAAGUCUAUGGCAGAUAAGAGGUUCAUGGAUGCAAAUGCACAAAAUGAGCUGGAUUCCGAGCAAAUAUACCAAAGCCAGAAGUUUGAAAUGAAGGAGUCGCGGCUCAGGUUCGCAGAUAAUGGCACAUUAAGUUCUUAUUCACAUAAAGAUGUGAGUCUUUUAACUUUCAUGGUCGCAAUGUCACUGGACAUCGUUAGCAUCUGCAAAAGAAGAGGAGGAAGUGAUGGAGGAAGUUUGACACACAGUGAGUGGCUACAAACAGUUCUGUUGGAGCCUGAUGUCAUCUCCAUGUCCUUUAUACCGAUAACAUCCUUGCUAAAUGGUGUUCCUGGAAGUGGCUAUUUGAGUCAUGCCAUAAAUCUUUAUUUGCGCUUCUCAAGCCAUUCUAGAUGUAACCCUAUUCUUCGUGAUGUAGACAAGCCGCCAAUCGAAGAGCUUCACCAGUUUCUGGAAUUCCAGCUGCCUCGGCAGUGGGCACCUGUGUUUAGCGAUCUUCCCCUUGGCCCUCAACAAAGACAGCAAAGUUCAGCUUCAUUGCAGUUUAGUCUCAUGGGCCCCAGACUCUUUGUAAAUACUACAUUGGUUGAUGCGGGCAAGCGGCCGGUGACCGGGAUGCGAUUGUACCUCGAGGGCAAGCGCGGCAACCGCCUAGCAAUCCACCUCCAGCACCUCUCCUCUCUCCCCUCAAUCUUCCAGCUGGCGGACUGCCGCUGCCCUCCGGCCCACCCCCACGACCGCAAAUACUUCGAAAAAGUACAGUGGAAGAGCUUCUCCCACGUGUGCACGGCCCCCGUCGAGUCGGAAGAGGACCUCUCCAUCGUGACCGGGGCCCAGCUGCAGGUCGGUGAGCACGGCUUCAGGAACGUGCUCUUCCUCCGCCUCCGCUUCUCGACCGUGGCUGGGGCCGUGGCUGUGAGGUACCCCGAGUGGGACGGGUCCCCAGGCCUGACUCGCAAAUCGGGCCUCAUUUCCACGCUCAUCAGCACCCACUUCACGUCUCCCCAGAACCAGAAGAAGCAGCCUUUGCCGGCGGAUGUGAAUGUUAAUUCGGCUGUGUACCCUGGGGGCCCGCCCGCGCCCGCGCAGGCUUCGAAGCUGCUGAGGUUCGUGGACGUGACGGAGAUGAUGCGGGGCCCGCAGGAGGCGCCGGGGUACUGGGUGGUGUCGGGGGCGAGGCUGGUGGUGGAGCGCGGGAAGAUCUCAAUCCGGGUUAAGUACUCGUUGCUCACGGUUGUACAACCGGACGAUGAUGUGGUGGAAUGA